AUGGGAAAGGGCACAGAUAAGUUGUACAUCACUCACAGCGAGUGGGCUUCCGACACUGCCUUCUCUGCCAGCGCUGGCGCCGGUGUGAACAAGGGCAAUGUUCCUGGCGCCUUCAAACGACUUCCCUACAACUUUUGCGCCUUGUCGCUACAACCAUUCGAGCAUCCAGUCUGCACAUCCGACGGGACCAUCUUCGAUCUCACAAACAUCCUGCCAUGGCUGAAGAAGCACGGAACGAACCCCGUUGAUGGCGCGCCUUUGAAGUCAGCCGACUUGAUCAAGCUCAACUUUGCGAAGAACGACGAUGGCGAAUACGUCGAUCCUGUCACCUACAAAGUCUUUACCGACAACACUCAUAUCGUCGCCCUCAAGAACACUGGAAACGUCUUUGCUUGGGAUACUGUCGAGCGCCUCAACAUCAAGGCCAAGAACUGGAAGGACCUAGUCAGCGAUCAAGAUUUCAGUAGAAAAGACAUCAUCACACUCCAGGACCCACAGAACAUCGAGUCGAGAGACUUGAGCUCUUUCAAGUACAUCCAAGAAGGUGCAAGCACUUUGACACCAGAGCAAGAGGCUGAAAGAAGCGCCAACGUCAACACUGGUGCAUUAGGAAACGCUGCAAAGAUUCUCAAGGCUAAAGAAGCCGUCGCGAAAGCAAGAGCAGACAGACAGAAUGCCGCGCAAGGAAACUCGUUACAACGAGCAAUGGCAGAGGCAAAGAAGUCGAAUGCUGCUACUGGAUCUUCGAAACCUGUUCCGUACAACGCUGCACAGUACACGACAGGAAAGGCUGCCGCUUCCUUCACCAGCACUGGUAUCUCCGUUCAUACUGGCAAUGAGCGCGCGUUAUUGUCAGACGAAGAUUAUAUGUUGAAGCCUAAACGCGUCAAGCACAAGGGUUAUGCUCGCCUUCAGACAAACCUUGGCGACAUCAACGUCGAGCUACACACCGAUCUCGCCCCCAAAGCCGUCUGGAACUUUGUCCGUCUAGCACAAAAGGGAUACUACAAGAACAUCCUCUUCCAUCGCAACAUCCGCAACUUCAUGAUCCAGGGUGGUGAUCCAACAGGAACAGGGCGAGGUGGUCAGUCAAUCUGGGGCAAGAACUUUGCAGACGAAACCGAGAACGCCCUCGUUCAUGACUCUCGUGGUAUCUUGUCAAUGGCCAACAAAGGCAAAGACACGAACUCGUCACAAUUCUUCAUUACUUAUCGCGCCGUACCGCACCUCAACAAGAAACACACCAUUUUCGGCAGAGUAGUAGGCGGCAUGGACACCUUAUCCCGCCUCGAAGCCGUCAAGACAGACGAAGGCAAUCGUCCCAUCGAUGACUGUGUUCUAGAAGACGUUGUGGUAUUCGUGGACCCUUUCGAAGAAUUCCAAAAAGAACGUGCUGAGAACGAAGAUGCACAACGACUGAAAGAAGAAAUCCAACGUCAAGGAGGUACGGAAGAUGACAAGACUACCUGGACUGGCAAACGCAUCAGAGGCGAUGGAAAGGUCGAGAACACUGGAGCAUCUGGAGUAGGCAAGUAUCUCAAGACUGCCUCGGCGCCGCCGGUCGAAGAAGAUGAGAUUGUGGGAGAAUGGGACGAACCAGAACCCCCGAAGAAAAAGGCAAAGUCAGGUGGGUUUGGCAAUUUUGAUAGUUGGUGA